AUGGCACGAUCGAUACCCAUCUCUCUCCCUCCCCCCUAUAUUUAUAUCCCUAUCCCCCCCCUCCCCCUCAUACCCACAUGUCCACAAAACCCACGUACGUACACAUUGCAUAGAAUUAUAAAUCCACUCCUAGCCAAAGAAGAAAAAAGAUCCCACACCUUCCAUCCUUCUACCUCGGAGCAACUAUUCCCCCAUCUAUUCCUCGUUCCCCUCCCUCGAAUCAAGUUAAGCCCAAACACAUAAAAAAAAAUCAAGCU